GAGCCUUAAAGUGGAGCUCCACCCAAAAGGGGAAGUUCCGCUUUAAGGACUGCUCCCCCCAUUAAAGAUUGGCACCUUUGGGGGUCGGGGGGGGAGCGGGUAUUUGAAAGGUACCCGCUCCCACUUCCGGUCCGAUUGCCUAGGUGAUCGGAAACGGAAGGUGUCCUCCCUCCCUUCCUGUAGUCUUUUGGGACACGUGACAUGUUCCAGAAGACUACAGGACCAUUCAUGAAGCGCAGUGCUACUCGUGCAUGCGCAGUGCGUACCCGGCUGAGAAGCCAAAAGCUAUCACAGCCGAGUGCCCACAAUGAAGAUGCUAGCCUACUGGAAUACAGGACGGCUAGUGAAACAGAUGACACACCACGGGACCGAGGGACAGGUACGUGGCUGUUU